CUUCCUGUUGUGAGCUUCAGCCGGUGUGUCUGACAGCCUGUGUGGCGUCUCGCCUGGCAGGGAGCAAACGGAACGAAAAUUGAAACAUGGAGCUUCAACACCUGUAAAAUUUUAAAAAGCCACUCUCAGCUUUGAACCAUGAAACUCGCCACUGUGGCCUUUUACGGUGUCGCUCUGGGACUGCUGGCGGUUGGCCUGCGAGAGUUGCUAACUGGCUUCGAGGAGAACAGAUGCAGUAUGACCUAUAUGUUUGAAUACCCGGAGUAUCGGCGUAUUGCUCUGCCUCGUCGUGUGGCCAGACUGUACCCAGCAUACGGCCUCUACCUGUACGGAGAGGGUCUGUACGCCCAGGAGACCCGGACUCUUAAACUCACCGGUGCCCCUGUGCUUUUCCUGCCUGGAAAUGCAGGAAGUUAUAAACAAGCUCGCUCUCUGGGCUCGGUCGCCUUGAGGAAGGCUGAAAACAUGGAAGGAGGGCUCCACUUCAACGUGUUCACCGUGGACUUCAACGAGGAGCUGGUGGCCCUUUACGGAGGCAGUUUGCUCAGGCAGACACACUUCCUGCAUGAGAGCAUUAAAGCCAUCCUGAGGCUCUACAAGCACCUGAAGAGCCCUCCUCAGAGCGUAGUGCUCGUUGGUCACUCCAUGGGAGGAGUGGUGGCCCGAGCGCUGUUCACUUUGCCUCGCUUCAACACUAAUCUGGUCAGCCUCAUCAUCACCCAGGCCUCCCCUCACCAGGCUCCAGUGCUGGCCCUCGACCCAUACCUGCUGGAUUUCUACUCUGCUGUUAGACAGAAGUGGGUGAACCAGGCGAACAAGCUCAGGAAUGUCACGGUUUUAUCAGUCGGAGGUGGUUACCGUGACUACCAGGUCCGUUCUGGCCUGACUUCCCUUCCUUGUCCCCGAGGAGACAUUAAUAAGCUGUCACUGGUGGUAACCACAGUUCCCAGGACAUGGGUGUCCACCGAUCAUCUAUCCAUUGUUUGGUGCAAAGAGCUGGUUCUUGCUACUGUCAGGGCGUUUUUUGACCUCAUCGAUCCCGAAACCAGACAGUUCACAGAAAACCUCGAGAAGAAAAUGACUGUGCUCAACCAUCAUUUCAUCAGACACCCUGUCAGGAUGCUGGGAGAAACCCAAGAAACCUCCAUCUCAAUCCUAGAUUUUCCUGAGGCAUGGAGUGAAGUUAACACACUACGUCUGGCGUACAGCACUCCAAAGGAAGGACAAGUCAAAUACUUUAUGUUUGCUCUGUCGAGUCGCAGGAAAGCUUACAGUCAUUUCUACUGCCGGAGCAACAACCUGGAGAUGACUAGCUGGGUGUAUGGCUGUGUGCACAAGAACGGUUCUUCAUGUGUGCAUGCAGUGGAUCUGUCAAUGGGAACUGAGCUUCUGCCUCCAUACAAGGUCCUGAUUCUGAGUCUCAGUGACUUGUCUUCAGUUACUCAUCUGGUUGUUUCGGCCUCCAACCUCAAUGGCAGACAGUUCACAGUGGAGUGUGAGUGGCAGAGACAAGAAUCUCAGACUUUAUCUGUCCCAGUACCACAUGUCCUUUCCUUAGGUGUGACUGCCAGCGAGAUUACAGUCAACUCCUCUGGCCUUCUUCACUCUAUUGAGCUGCAACACUUUCACCAAGUCUACCAGGCUUUCAGAAUUAAUGUUGCAAGCCAGUGCAAAGUGAAUAAAGAUAGAUUGCCAAAUGUGUACAGGAUAAAAGUAGCGUGGUUUCGAGAGGACUCUUUAACUACAGUUAGUGUACCAUCAGUGACAGAAAUCUCAGGGAUGCUACAUACAAGUCGUCCAGACAAUACCUCAGGUGUCCUCCUGCAGCUCCACACUGCUCCCAACUGCCAGUAUAAGGUGUCAAUAAGAACUUCAUUACCGAAGGUUCUGGGACAGGUACUGAGGUUCUGUGGUCCCAUGGUGCCGGUCUACACCGCUGUAACCCUCCUCCUGGCCUGUGUGGGGCAGCUGUCCUCAAUCAGGAAAUCGAAGAGAGCUGCAGCUAUGAGCCUGGUCGUGGCCAAAGGCUUGCAGCCUCACAAAGUCAACGUAUCUGUUUACAUUCUGCACAUCUUACUGAGCUGUAGCUGUUUUCUUGAGGUACGGUCCUUUCUUUUCCUCCCACCUAUGGAUACACUCCCCCCAACAUUCCCUGACGGGACAUUUCAUGAAGGAGUCCCACCGGUUGAAGAAUGGCCCCACCUUCUUUCCCCUCUGCUCUACAUCUUGGGGGCAGCUGUGGCAUACUGGGGCAGCACACUACUCCGUCUCAUUAUACGACUGAUCUCAUUAAUAUUAGCUCCACUGCACAGACCGUCUGUGUCUAGAGACUGUGGCACCUUGCGACUGCGAACCCAGAUCCUCAUCACUGUGGGUCUGGCGGUUACGGGUGGGACGUUCUGUGGGGCGCUCUCAAUCUUUGUCUCCUUUCUGUUCCACCUUUAUAGGGUACUAAGGCUGCAGAUGACAGAAAGGUCUUUGAGUCACAUGCUGAAUCUGGCACCCCGGAAGCACAAAGAAGCUGAAAACGGCACACUUGAUGCUGAACCCUUGAGAAAGACUAAAGAAUGUAGCAGCGCCCCCCUGCUGUCUGAGUGCGCUCUGCAGGAGGUGAGGGAUGACCUGCAGAUCCACCUCUGCCUGUCAGCGCUCUUCACGCUACCUGUCAUGCUCAGCGCACCCUCCUUUAUCCACUGGAUCCGCAAUCUGAGGUACUCCACCCAGUUGGAUCCUGAUCCUUGUUGGCCACACAUUGUGCCUCUAAUUAUUGUCUACAUGUUGCUCAUUAACUGCAACACUUUAAAACUCAGCAACAGUAAACUCCUGCCUCUGGCCUCCAGCCUCCCUCUCCCUUUGGCCAUCACCAUGGUGACCUUCUCUCCACUUCACCUCUACAGAGUCGUCUACUUCUUGUUGGCAGCACUCGUCCCUAUGGCCUUGUGUUGUCUCCUCUGACGGUAUCUGGCUGGUUUCAGUCUCCAUCUCUACCAUAACAUGCCUCUCUCUAAUUUACAGCAUGACUCAGUGAAGCUGGUUGAGACAGAUUUGUACAGAGAGGACUUUCUGUAUCAAGCUGCCAUGGAGCAGAGCCAUAGACAUACAUAGCCUGGGGAACUGCCUGCUCUAUGUUAGCAUGAAAAGCUCCAUGGCAAUUACACUAGGUUUUAAAAUGAGACGAUGUAAUGGCCUUGGAACUUUUGAUGCGAAUGUGGCUCUGUUGAAUUGACCUGAAACCAUGUUUGCCUUACUCUGUAUAUCUAUAGCUCUGCCUUCAGGGAGCAAGAACUCCACAACCAGUGAAGCUACUGAUAUUAGAGAUUUUCAACAGGGUGUCACUGUUCAAAUGUGUUCUGUCUGAUUUUCUUGUUUCUAGUGUCCACAGUGGCAUUGUUCACUGUGGUCACAAUGCUGUAAAAUCCUACACUGCCUACUGCUUAGCAAUGACUUACAGCUGUACUCGUCACUUGUUGUCUGAUGUAGCACCGCCACAAAACCAAUGGCAGUGUCAUACAUUCAUUCCAUCAGAAAAAUCCAAAGCAAUCAUGUUUAUGUUCUGCCAAUUUUUUGACACACAGCUGCUGCAUAAUGAAGGAUUGCAAUGGAAAAGGUCCGUGUGUAUGUGUAGAUUCUAAAAUGCCUCACGGUAGACAGAAGACGGAUAUUUUGUUUUAUUCCAUGGUCUCUACACUACAGGGGUGUAGCUAAACGGUUUCAUUAGCGUAGUCAAACUGGCAGCAGUAUUUAUUUUUCAGUGGCACAAAUAUUUGUGUCUUGUACCAGAUACUCACAAUGUGAGGUCAUUCAUGCAUUCAUUCACUUACUAUUGGCAGCUGUGACUGUUAAUUGCCUUGGGGCUUAUUUAAAAGAAGCAUCUAAUAGUCUUGUGGGCAGAAAUAAUAGCCACACAUUUCCUUGUUAUGAAGAAAAAAGCCAAGAGCUCAAAAGUGGAAAAGCAGUUGGGAAUUUCAGAACUAGUCCAGCUCAGACCUCCGUGUUUACCUGUUCUCUUUCACAGUGCUCAUUCCAACUUUACAGUCAUGCCUUAAUCUCUGAUCCAGUACACACAGUUUUCAAAAAUAUAAAAAAAAAAAACAUCUGAAAUAUUAUUCUUGCCUGUCAAUUAAAACUCAAUGAAACUCAAAAUUCUCUGGUCAGAUCUUUCAAAAAAAGGUUCCCACUGGGCCAUAGGGUAUUAUUUUACUUUAGAUUAGCUUAGCAAUAAGCAACAAGUUGUGCACAUUUUAUUACAAUAUAUAUAUAUGUAUGUAUGUAUGUAUGUAUGUAUAUAUGCAUGCAUGUAUGUAUGCAUGCAUGCAUGCAUACAUACAUACAUACAUAUAUAUAUAUAUAUAUUGUAAUAAAAUGCGCACAACUUAUUGCUAUCAAAAGCAAAUUAUACCAGAGGUGUUAUAAGGGACACAACUCUUAAAGAAUUCUAAAUAGAAAUGUAUGAGAAGCUUCUGAAAUUGAUGUUAUUUCCACAAUGAAGUAGUUCUUCUGUUGAUCAGUGUCACAAAGUCCUAAUUGUGAUGAACUUGAGUUAGAGUUUUUAAACAAUACUGCAUGAAAAAGUUAAAAAGGGAAGUGAGUACUUACUUUUGAUCCAGAAACCUCCAUGUCUCCAGCCCAAUCCACUGUGUCUUUAUGUGCCAGAAUAGCUGCAAUGCAGAAGGUUGACAGGUUAAAUGUAGAAACACAAAAAGAUUAUGGGGUGAUUGUGAAAAAAAUAAAAUAAGAUGAUAAAAGUAGAAAUGCUGAACAGACAAAUUAGCAUCAAGGGACAUAACAAAUCUUUAAUAUUCAGUGAAUUUUUCAUGAUGAACUUACGGUCACAUGGUUCACCAUACAAUCUAUGGAUUUACUUCAGUCCCUUGUGGUGGUUGGUACUUGAAAUGAAUGCAGAAGUCUUUAGUCGUUCUGUUUUGAUGUUUUGAACUACUUACUUUCUCUGCGUCUCAGAUUUAUGUUCAGGGGUAUUGGGAUGUCUGUACAGUAUUGCAGCUGAUGCACAUAUGAAAUAUGAUUUGAGAUUCAAACAAGAAUUUCAGGCCUUUUUUUGUUUGUAUAGAGAUAAUGAAAUUUGCUUUUCGCUGUUGCAGUAUUUGGGUUGGCGAGGGACUUGUCUUUUAUCUUUUAACUGUAUAUUUAGGUUUGGUUAUUUGUUGAAUUUUUAGCUGCAUAUUUCUGACCAUGAAGUCCACAACCUUUUUUGCUUUUCAAAUACCUUUAUAUGGGAAAUUGAGAAAACUAUUGCAAACUAAAGUCAACCACACAUGGACAAGCAAAUCAGCAUCUUGAACAAAAAAAUCUUGUGACCAUUUGAAUGUUAUUUGUCCAUAUAAACGUACGCGUAUUUCUUGUGGAUUCAGAUUCUAACAUUUGAAGAGCCAUUUAAAUGACCAGGCCAGACUUAUUCUGUCAGUCACAAAAACACAGAAUCAACAGCUUGUUCACCUCGCUACAUUCUGAUUUCCCUGUCUUGUUUGUAGCCACCGUCAUUUUCUAAAACAACUGGGUUCUGUAGGUUUUAGGAAUUGUUACGCAAACAGAAGUGAAUAAAGCAUCAGCUGGGGACUAAUUUCAUGGCAGGUUUAGACACAUUUGGUGACUUUUUAGUGACUAUUUUCAGCAGCUGGAAAGUCUAUGUAAUGAAGAAAAAUACCUUCCAGUGGCGUGGCUCACUGAUGUGUUCAGGACAACAAUAAAAUUAUUUGGCACAGAGGUAUACGAUAUAUCAGCCUUUGAACACACAAUACUUCUUAAUGGCAUACAUUCAGUGUUGGUUUUUGUCUUUUAAUGCGACUGAUUAACGGUAAAAAUGUGAUCAAAUUUGUUAACAAAUAUAAAACAACACCAGACUUACCUUUCAAUUUAAGGUGUUAUUUGAUCUUAUGGGGAUCUUUAAAUGAAUAAAACCAGAAAGGCUGAAAUUCUUCUGUCACAAUUGCUUCAAACCGUUAUCAUGACUGUCGUGAAAAAAACAGUUUUCUGUGUGAUAUUGUGUGUUUCGGUGUGGUGUGUUGUUAUGGCAUUCAUGUAGGCCUGACAUUUUGUUGCUUUUUGAGUUCAGUUUGUGUUGCCAACUACUUUAAUUUAUUUAAAUCAAUUGCACUCAGAAUGACACUCCUUACCUGUGAAUCAGUUUAGUAACUGUAUGUAAUAGCAUUAGUCUUUCAAGGAUGAUUUCAGACACAUGCUCAGUCAUUUAAAUGUGUUGUGAUUUCUCAAAAGUUAUCUAUACUGGUUCCAUUUCUGAAAAACGUUGGGAGAUGAUAUCAGAACUAAAGGGUUUGUCGCUCAUCAAGUGCAUUUUUUUUUAAAUUUAUGCCUUUUUAUGUUGAGAUCUGUGUCUUCUACUGUCACUGCUUUUUUCCUGUGACCUCCUGUUGUUGCUCUCGCUCCCUUCCCUUCCUGUCAGCGAAGCAGCUGCUGUGCCUUUUCUGCUUUCUCGUGCAUGCAGCAGUGCACGUCAUUCAGACCUGCCAGUGGCUUUAAACCCAUUCAGUGCUCAGCAGCAGUGUGCUGGCUGAGCGACAAAGGCCUACAGUGAAUGUAUGUGUACUUCACGACUCGACACGUUAGGAAGAGUUCAGCUUUGUGUGACUUUCUAAGAACUAGAUACUAAAGAUAAGUUCAUUAGGGACCAAUCAAGCUUGCCCCCUCAGGCAAGCACACAGUCAUAAGUGAACAUGCUCUGCAAAGACACCGCUGUUGUUCCCAAUGUGAAUGUACUUGCACUGAAUGUCUCUACCUGUGUUUGAAUUUGUACAAUUACUAGUAGUGGAAGUGAUCAGCUUUUCUGUGCACUUGUCCGUUUGGUGCAGUUUUAGUGCUUUGAGAUGCACAUUGUCUGCCUUGUUGUGAAUUAGUGGCAUACACUACUUUGUAGAACAAAUUAAUAGAGAUGAGAGUUAUGUUUUAUAUAAAUAUACUUGUAAUUUGUAUCGGUGUUCACUGUGAUUAUGUACUUCCAAAUGUUCAGAUUUACACUCAAGGGUUUUCUUUCCAAACUGAAAAAUCCACGCUUAAAAAAAAAAAAAAAAAAAAGUCACAAUAUUUCAUUUCCAAUUUGUUGUUUUGGAAUACCUGGCAGUUAAAAUGUGUUUUGUGCCAUAUCUGAGGUUAGAUUAAUAACUUUAAAUCAGGGAAUCAAAUUUAGUGAAAACAAAAUCUUAAAUACUGCAGUUUAAAAAUCAGCUAAACUGUUACUCUGUUGAUGUCUGUGAAAAGUGUCUAACUCACAUCUGUUAAUUUGUGUAACAUUUUGCAAUUUAGAUCCAAUUCAGAUUAAGGGGUGUUUACAGGGAAGAAGCCAGUGACCACAUUAUUUGUACAAAUUACCAAUUAAGAUGCCUUCGUUUAAACUCAUUUGUCUUCAGUCUAAAUUGCAUAUUUCAGCACCCUGCAGUUCCAGAAGGGUUUAUCAUGGCAUCUGUACCUUCACACUUAAGGAUCAGUGACAGUUUUUUUAAGAUCUUGAAUGCCAGUCAGCAAAUGGACUUUUGCACUUAAAUAUCUUUCUUUUUUAGGAACUCAUUUUUCUUUCGCAGAAACUAGUUUGCGUUUCAAUCAAAGCACACUAAGAAAAAGGUAUCAUCUCCUCCACUGACUGGAUGAUCCCUGUAAACAUCCACUUGAAACUUGCUGUGCAGCUGCCAAAAGCUUACGCUGCUUUUACCAAAAAAAGAAAGAGGGUCAUACUUCAAGAUUUUGCACUGCCAAGCAAAGUUCCCUUUUAGAAUCAAGCACUCUCACCAAUGCAGUCUUUUUUGUUCCGUCACUUCUAACUGAGAAGUUACUGUUAAAUGGCAACUAACAUGAAACUCAACAAAACUAUAAAAUUCAGUAACAAAGCUGAUAAUUGCAGAAAAGUUAUUUGUGUUAAUUUUAAUUGAGAGAUGGCUGGUUGUUUGUAUUUAUUCUCAUUUUCUGUACCAAGUAAUGAAGAAGUCACAUUCAACAGUGGUCAUCUGGUAACAUAAAAGUAAAAUUAUAAUAAAUGUUAGAACUGUCUAUAAGUGCUUUAAAGUCUGGUAGUUUCCCUUCUCUUGCUUCUGCUUAGAGGGAUUUUGAAACCUGCAGCCUCCUGCUAGCUGGUCCUUGUCGUGCAGAACUAGUUAGUCCUCUAACCCUUGCUGAUAUCCCAGGCAGUUAGAUGACAGACAUGAAAAUUUACCACAUCUAGUUAAUUUCAUUCAUAUUUUCUGGCGAGGCUCUAGUGUGGAAGAGUAUUUAAUCCUCAGGUUUCUGCGUUGUGUCAAAGUUGGUUGCUUUGAUGUUUUUAUAUUUCUCCCAUUUUUAUCCGAUGUCAUUGUAAAUGGGCAAUUUUUGGCACCAUUGCUGUUUCAAUAAAACUAUGAAAAUAA